AUGGGUAAACCUGAUAGUCAGAAUAAUGCAACUUGUCCUUAUCUUGGUAAUAUUGCUAUAAAUAAAAAAGAUAGAACUUGUCAAAGGCUAAAAAUAUGUGAAUUUGCAAGUUCAGAACUUCAAGAAAUGAAUCAUGUAUCAGUAGAUCCAGAUUCUGAUUUACGUCUAAAAAUGAAUAAAGAUCUAUCAACUCAUAAUGUAGAAAAUAAUACAUUUGCUGUAAAAAAUGACAUGUAUGCACUUCUUACAGUUGUAUCAGAAGAUGCAAUUAAUAGAUUAUUUGAUAAUAUUCAAAUGAUUGAAAGUGUCGCAGAUUGGGUUAUAUUUUAUAGACAGCGAUGGGUCAUUGCAUCAUUAAAUAAAUGUAUGUCAAAAAUUGACAGUGAAAUGUGGAUGAUUUCACCUAAUAAUACCAAUGUUACAGAAGCAGCACAUACAUUAAGUAAUCAUUAUGGAAAGGCUCUUAUCGUUAUACAAAUUAAGAAAUCAAAGUCAAUGCCUGUAAAGCAUAAACAAAAUAUGCAUUCCGGUAAUAAGAAAAGAAGUAGAAAAACUAUUGUAAUUGAUUCUGAUACUGAGGUUGAAAAUGAAGAUGAUGGUAAAGAGAAUAAGUUGACCUCAAGAUUUAAUGAACUUGAAUAUCGGGAGAAGGAUUUAGCUCUUAAAGAGCGUGAACUUGUUUUAAGGGAACGCGAAGCUAAAAUUUAUGUAAUAGAAUUAAUUAAUCUUGAAAAAGAUUAUCAAUUGAAAUUAACUAAUACUAAUUAG